AUGGCAAAUAGGAAAUCUGGUCUGAUCAGGAAGGGUGAGGACCUGACUGGUAUUAAAGUAGAAGAUCUAAAAGAGGAAGAGGAGGAGAUGUAUGUGAUGGGUGAUCACCCGUGUAAGGAGGUGGAAAUCCCUACAGAUAUCGGCACAGAUGGGGCCAGUAACGGGAAUACCCCAGAGAGAUGUCCCCGUCCUCUGUAUUCCCAGGAUCACACAGAGGAGAAUCACAGUGUCCCACAGGAGGGUCAGGGUGAGGACCGGACUGAUUAUAAAGUAGAAGAUAUAAAAGAGGAAGAGGAGACGUAUGUGUGUGGUGAUCAGCAAUGUAAGGAGGAGGAAAUCCCUAAAUAUAUCAUCACAGAAAUAUUGGCAGAUGGACACAACAGCAGGAAUAACUCAUGGCAACAUCUCCUUACUGCUCCAGAUUGCAAACUAGAAGAUAAAGACAUGAUGAGUUUUACACAGAAAUCGGGUCUCGUCAGGCAUCGGAAAACUCACAUAGGUGUAAAGCCAUGCUCCUAUUAUGAAUGCAGAAAAUGUUACGAGUCUUUCCUUAUUCCCAAUCACAGAGUUCACAAAGAUAAAACGUCAUAUCUAUGCACUGAGUGUGGGGCCUGUUUUCCACAUCAAUCCAAACUUGCUAGACAUAUGAGGAAUCACACGGGGGAGAAACCGUUUCCCUGCUCUGACUGCGGGAAACGCUUUAAACAGAAUGCAGAUCUUAUUAAGCAUCAGAGAACUCACACAGGGGAGAAGCCGUUUUCGUGUCCCGACUGUGGGAAAUGUUUUACACGCAAACAAACUCUUGUUUGCCAUCAGCGAACUCACACAGGCGAGAAGCCGUAUCCCUGUUCUGAGUGUGGGAAAUGUUUUACACGUAAACCUAGUCUAAUUUGCCAUCAACGAACUCACACAGGCGAGAAGCCGUUUACCUGUUCUGAGUGUGAGAGAGGUUUCCGUUUUCAAUCGUGUCUUAUCAAACAUCAGAGAAGUCACACAGUAGAGAAGCUGUUCCUAUGCUUUCAGUGUGGGAAAUGUUUUACCUGUAAAUCAAGCCUUUCUUACCAUCAACGAAUUCACACAGUUAGUAAGUCGUUUGCAUGUUCUGAAUGUGGCAAAUGUUUUCGGUUCCAAGUAAGUCUUAAUAAGCAUCAGAGAGUUCACACAGGUGAGAUGCCAUUUACUUGUUCUGACUGUGGGAAACGUUUUCGGUUCCAACCAAAUCUUAUUACACAUCAGAGAAGCCACAGACUUGAGGACAAACCUACGUUGUAA